CCCCUGCUCCGGCCCUGCCCGCUCCCUGCCGGCUCCCUCCUCCCCGGGCCGGCGCUGCGGGCGCUGAGCGCCCCGGGAGGCAGCGCCCGGUUCUCGGUUCUCCUCUGCCGGUUCCAUCAAGAUGAGCGGAGGAGGAGAGGUAGUGUGUUCGGGCUGGCUCCGAAAGUCGCCGCCGGAGAAGAAGUUGAGGCGAUACGCAUGGAAGAAGCGCUGGUUCGUCCUGCGCAGCGGUCGGAUGAGUGGCGACCCCGACGUCCUGGAGUACUACAAAAAUGACCACUCCAAGAAACCUUUGCGUGUGAUCAACCUCAAUUUCUGUGAGCAAGUGGACGCGGGACUGACCUUCAACAAGAAGGAGCUGCAAGACAGCUACAUCUUUGACAUCAAGACCAGUGACAGGACCUUCUACCUGGUGGCCGAGACUGAGGACGACAUGAACAAGUGGGUUCGCAGCAUCUGCCAGAUCUGUGGCUUCAACCAGUCCGAGGAGAACACAGAUGCCCUGCGGAGCAUCGUCUCCAUGAACCAUGCACCGCGGUCCUCGCCGGCAGAGCUCAGUGGUGCCAACCACCACCUGCUGCGUGAGCGCAAGUCCUCCGCGCCCUCCCACUCCAGCCAGCCCACCCUCUUCACCUUCGACUCCCCCGCCGGCCACCUCCAGAGCACCCUCUCUGCCAGUGCCCCCCAGGAUUACCUUUUCCUUCACCAAUGUAUGAGCAGAAAGUCGGAAAACGCAAGGAGCGCCAGCUUCUCCCAAGCCACAAGGUCCUCCUUUUUCAUGCGCAGUGACACAGCUGUCCAGAAGCUCUCGCAAGGCAACGGGCACUGCGUGAAUGGAGUGGGUGGGCAGCUUCAUGGCUUUUACAGCCUGCCAAAACCCAGCCGACACAACUCAGAGUUCAGGGACAGCGCGUACGACCUCCCACGCUCUUUCGGUUCCUACACACACCCCAAGUUGAGCCUCACCAGUUCCGAAACGGAUAAUGAGGAAGUCUACACCUACAAGACUCCCAGCAAUGCCUUAUGCAAGGAAUUUGGGGAGCUCUCCACGGACUCCUACGAUAUUCCCGCCACCCCACUCUCUGUCUACCAGAUCCCCAGGACAUUUACACUAGACAAGAACCACAAUGCUCUGGCUGUGGCCGCCAGUGACUCGCCCACCAUGCCACCCCCACGGCCUCCAAAACCUGGACAGAUGGAGCCACGAUGGGGCAGCCCACCCCAGCGACCCCAACCCGGUGAAAGCUUAGGGUUGGCUCCCAUGGCAGCCACCAUUCCCCGGAGAAACACACUGCCAGCAGUGGAGAACAGCAGGCUGCACCGAGCUUCUUCUUGCGAGACGUACGACUACCCCCAGCACGGGGGCAGCAGUGCUGUGCAUUCAGUGGAGUCCAUGAAUGAUGGGUACAACUCCUACCUGCAUGCCAAGGCUGUCGUGGCCCGCUCCCACAGUGCCGACUCUGAGGACAACUACGUCCCCAUGAACCCCAGUUCCUCACCCCUGAUCCACACUGAGAAAGCCAAUGACAAUGCCCAGAAUCUCUACAUCCCCAUGAGCCCUGGGCCGCAUCACUUUGACCUGGUGGGAUUGUCCUCGGCCACCCUCCCCAUGCAUAAAGGGGGGGCCAUGGCCCAGUGCCACCGGCGGCUGAGUGAGAUCCAGCCCCCACCAGUCAACCGCAACCUCAAACCCGACCGGAAAGCAAAGCCAUCGCCACUGGACCUGAGGAACAACACUGUCAUCGAUGAGCUUCCCUUCAAAUCGCCAGUGACAAAAUCCUGGUCCAGGCCAAGCCAGACCUUCAACACCGGCUCUUUGCAAUACUGUCGACCCGUCUCCUCCCAGAGCAUCACCAGCACUGACUCAGGAGACAGUGAGGAGAACUACGUUGCAAUGCAAAACCCCAUUUCUGCUUCUCCUGUUCCUAGUGGCACCAACAGCCCAGCGCCUAAAAAGAGUUCGGGUAGUGUGGAUUAUCUGGCCCUGGACUUCCAGCCAAGCUCACCAGGGCCACACAGAAAGCCCUCCACCUCAUCGGUUGCCUCAGAUGAGAAGGUUGACUAUGUGCAAGUGGACAAGGAGAAGACACAGGCGCUGCAGAGCACCAUGCAGGAGUGGACUGAUGUGCGGCAGUCCUCGGAGGCCACCAAGAGCACCAAGCAAUAGCGACAAGGCAGAUACCUAACAGGCAAAUGUCCCAGGGGGUCUCCCAGCUUGGGGCCCUACCAGACUUCCAGCUCCAUUUGGACUGGAUUGCUCUAAAACUGCUGUCUGUGGAGGGGAGGGGUUCUUUAUUAUCAUUUUCUUUUAAGACAAAAGAAACGUAAUUGCAGAGGAAGACUUGGCAGAUACUGUUUGCCAGUGAUAAAGGUCAACUAUGUUUGUUGGCUGGGUUUGUGCUUUAGCUGCUGAAUGCACCAUCCAGGAACUUUGACGUAGCAAUACCAGGUUCCACCUUACACAUUUGUUGCUUACAGUUAUUAAAGCCACCUUGUAUAUGCUAAUAUCAUCUUUCCCCAUCUUCUUCCAUACCAUGCCCAUAAACCGUGCCACUUAGGUUUGGCAGCAUCUCUUCCAGGACACCAUUCCUCAGCACCAAUUCUCUCCUCCUUAUGGUCGCCCUCUUCUCUGCCUCCUCUCAAUCCCAAAACUGAGCAAAGACCAUUCCUAUUUGACUUUAUUUUCAUCAUCCCAUCUCUUGUAAAUAGUGAUGUGUUCAAAACCUCUGAUAGUUUUUCUCAUUGUGGGACAGUCUCUGUGUUUCUGGUAGUGAUUUGUAACCAUGAUGAGCUCGAUGAACUUCCAGACUACCUUGUUGAGCUGGCUUUGCAGUCCAGGACUUGCCCCACCAUACAUACAGACACCAGCAUGUGCUCACAGACACUUGCAUGCACGCAGGAGCACCCAGGUGUGAUGGAGUGUCUUUUAUGGUUGACUCUCAAAGUCAGUGGGUUGGAGAGGUUGGCUUUGGGUGGCAGAAUUUCAGCCUCUCUGAAGCCAACUGCCUGUGAAUCUGGCCCUAGGAACCAAAAUCUACCUUUUUUGGCACGAAAAUAUGCCCAGAGAGGAUGAGUAGGACUCAUGAGAAGCUCUGUAUGAGGCAUUCAGAAAGGCUAUGGGGCCCCUGUGUACCUGGGAUGAUGUGAGGUUGAGUGAUAAGUGGGAGGCAGGAGGAGAUGAAGGAACCAGGAAAAGGCAAGUGAUGUACCUCAGAGGUCGGACUUGGGUGAAGGGCUCCUGUGGGCCAUAUCUUGGGGGAAAGGAGUGGAAUAACUGAACUGAUGGUCAGUGGUGAGGCCUUAGGCUUGGAAAGAGACUGGUCAGAAGAAGCAGGACAGGGUGUUUCAAUAUUAAAUUUAUCGUAGCAUACAUCUGGUUCAUGCUGGAAACAAAAGGUUGGUCUAAAUAUUUGUCCCCAUCUUUAGUGAUACCUCUUUGAUACAGACAGGACUUUGUGAUGGUAACGACCUCAGGCUCUGAUAAUGGAUGGGAAGAUGGGAAGCUGCUAUUCCACUGCCGGCAUCUCUGACACAUCCAGGCUUUGGGAUUGCUCCCCAAGCAGCUGUCGCACACAGAGAGUAGAGAAGGAAGAGGCAGCUUAUUGCAAAGAUAAUAACUCAUGAUCUCAUGAAAACAGGAAGAACUAAUGAUUGCCAUGGAGCUGCCUGAUUGCCAGCAAGCGCUGACACAGAUAAACAGACUGACUGCAAAUCGAGAGCUAAACAAAAGGCACGUUAGAAGGAUUAGGUAAUAACAUUUGCUAAGCAGCUUGAGUUAUUCUUUCUUCAAGAUGAACCCCUCCCAGCACCAGGGGCUCCACUUCCCAAAACCACCACCGAGAAAAGCAAUCAUUUGUAUUAAUUAUUGAUGCUUAACUGUUAACACAUUUGUUUAAUCUUGGCCUGAGUUUGGAAAGGGCCAGAUGCAUCUCACAUGGCUAUAGGAUGCCAGACCCUUAAGGGCUAGGCUCUGUCCCAUAAAAUAAGUCUCCAGUUUCCAACAGCAGUUUAUGUUUUCCUCUGCCUUGCCAUGGAAUGGGAGGGUAUUAAGGGAAAAGCUCCAAUGACCCUUUUAAGACAUUGCAGUGUUGGCCUUUUACAAGAAUAAUGGAGCAAAUAUCCUCAUGCUUAUGGUAAAAAUAAUAAUCAUCUAGGAGAGAGAUGAGAGAAGUCCCAAAGGGGAAGAUUUAGCACAGCCAGAUGCUUUGUGAAGAAUGCCUGUGCCUCUCAUUGAGGACUUGCACGCUUGCAUGGUGAGAUAAUGAAAUGAGGAGCAGAGUGCAGUGCUUCAUCUUUCUAUAGCCCCUUUCAUCACCACUUCUCAGGGGAGACAAAACAUUGGGUCUGGUCCAGAGCCCACUGAAGUCACUGUGAAGACUCCCAUGAAGCUCAGUGAGCUCAUUAAGAGGAUGUGGAGAGAUCUUCUGGUCUUGGCAUCCCACGGGGGUCUGAGACACGAAGGAAAAGCUAGUCCCAUGGAUCUGGUGUGCAUUGACCUGGCUGGAAGUGAGCUCUGCACAGUCCGUGCUGAAAGGCAAAGAAUUUGGCUUUCCUAUUUCAUCCUCCAACCUGCUUUAUACAAAGGAAGAUCAGACUGGGGAGGAGGAAUUAUGAUGUACACUGAAUGUAUUUCCCUGCCAAAAUCAUGCUGUUUGCCUCCUAAAAUGCAGCCAUCUCUGGGUGGAUUGCAGCAGAAACUUCACAAAUAGCCCUUCAUGUUGCUUGGGGUCUCUUGCAGUGCAAUUAUGCUUGAGAUGAAACUGAGCCAGCUUCAGGACAAAGAAAUCUUAAGCCACAUCAGAAGCAUGAAAAAAUCAAGUUGUAAUUUGCAUUCAGAUCUUUUUCUUCACUUUUCUGGCCCAGUGCAUCAGAUAUAUAUCCAGUUGUUUGGAGCACAGUCAGAAAUGUGUGUCUUCUACCUCAUGUGAGGCUGGGAGAUGAGAAGCUCAGCAAAUGCUUCUGAUGGUGCAGUUGAGAACCAAACUAGGGUUGGGAUGCAAUUCUGCACUGAGACUAGGUGCAUCCAGUGCCUACUUCCAUGUUUAAUCCAAGGUGUUGAGAUUAGGAAAGCAUAAUCAGUACUAAACAGUACUGGAGAAAGUAGUCCUUUUUCUCCAGUAGUCCACAGUAUGCCACAAUAGUCCACAAAUGCUGACUGUGGGCUGACCAAAAGCAGCUAUUUCACAACUGAUACUUACUAUCUCCGUACCUUGCUUUGAGGUCUAUAUUUCCCCAGAAACAGAAAUAUUCUUACAUUUCUUUCCUGAUGAGCAUCAAGCAAGUGGCUCCUCCACACUAAGCAGCAACUCCUUGACUCCAUCCAUGCAUUGCCAUAUAGACGUGGCUGUACCAGCCCCUAUGUAAUCAAUUGCUGCAGUGGAAAUCAUCAUUCCUGCCUGUUGCUGAGCUGAUUACAGCAGUCCCUGAUGAUUAAUGUUUGUGUAGUAUUUAGUCUUAGACUGUAUUGAAAAGCAGCUGGCUUAAUUACAUGGACUGCCAAGAACUUUGUCCCAAAGGCACUGAGUUUAUCACAUCCAUUCUAUACUUGGAUGCUCAAGUACGACAGACUCCUUUGUUAGAAAUAGGUAUUUUAGGAAGCUGAGAACUCUGCUAAUGAUUCAUUUUAAUUGCAGGCAAAAGACCUGACCUGAGUCCUUACGUCAGAGCCUCCUCUUCAGCUACACAGUCUCAUUUAUGACAAGGGAUGUGCUUUUAUACGUGUGCGUGCUCACAGAGGAGGGUUGACUGUACCAACCUCCAGUCAGCCGAGGUUGACUGACCUCGGUUUUUAGUUUUAUGAAGUAUCAAAGCCACGUCACAAAGCUCUCCCCAAGAUUUAAAACUACUAAUUUGGUGGGUUUAGGGGCAAAAAUUUCCAAAAACUCUGUAUUCCUUUUUGUGAGUUUGCAACUGCUGUUCACAACCUGUCUGUCUUGUGAGAUAUAUGAGUUGUCUUUGAACUGAUUUGCUCUGACUUGACAUUUGAGUGUUCAGUGAGAAAUAAAUUUCCAUCUCUAAAUGGAUGCCAGGAUGAGAUCUAGUCUCAAAUGUAAGAAAAUAUGUGUGUGUGCAGAUUGUGCUGGGACAAAGCUGACUGACUGGCAGAUGGGGCUACAUCUGGAGCUGGCACCAGAAAGUGGCCAAGGCUUGGGUUGACUGGGAGAUAACUGGGAUGAGUUUGGAGCCAGAGCCACCAGCCACUGAAGAGAGUUGUAUAUGGGUUGGGAGGAGAGAAGGUAGGGGUGUUUGCCGGCAAGAUUUGAGUCUUGGUCUCCAGAACUUCAUUUGGCAUGAGACUCAAGUCAGAUUAGCAGAAAUCUGUGGGUUGUGGAGAGUUUUUCUCAGUAAAAGCCAUGGGGAGCCAUAAAAGCUUCCCUCCAACCACUGUCAGGAAUUAUCUAGGGCACUUUGCCCUUGGGGGAGUCAUCCUGCCCGACAUUGAGGAAUCUCAAUCAGAAUCACAAUAAAAAGGGUGGUGGGGACCAACUGUGCUGGUGGACACCUGGUUCUGGGGAUACCCUGGUUUAAUCAUUGGGAAAUGGUGCCAUGGCUUCACAGCAUGUCCCAAGAGAGGUUGUGCUGUCUCUGUCCUUGGAGGUUUAUCAAGAUCAGAAUGGAUCGUGUCCUGAACAAGUGGGUUGGACCUCACAGCUGCACCUGCUUGAAGCAGGGAGUGGAACUGGAGAUAUCCCUUCCCCUUGAUUUACCCUGAGACCCUACUCAGGGUAAAUCAACUACUACUGCUGGAGCAGUGGCUCCUACAUGAGAGGGAAAAGGAAAAACACCUAAAUGCCUAUAGAAUCCUUAACAGGGCCAGGACCUCUUCUCUGGGCAUGAAGUGACAAGGCACAGUGACCCUCUGGAGCCCCAGCUCCAUCUCUGCAUCCCAGGAUCCCACUCCCUUGAGUGUACAGGGAAGAGUUGGCUCCAUUUGGCCACCCGUGGCUCAUUGGCUGGGAUAGAGUUGGGUUUUCUUGUAGUACCUUGAAUAGUUUUUCUUUCAUAGUACCUUGAAUAGUGCUAUGUUCUUGUUUCGUGAUGAAAACAGUGUUGAUAACACACUGAUGCUGCUAUCAGUGGUUGCAGAGCAGUGCUUUCGCAGAGUCAAGGAGGACUUUUCAGCCUCUCGUGUUGCCUUGCCAGUGAGGAGCUGGAGGUGUACAAGAAGCUGGGAGGGGACACAGCUGAGACAACUGGCCCAGAGUGGCCAAAGGGAUAUUCCAUAUCAUAUGAUGCCAUGCUCAGCAAUAAAGCUUGGGGAGAAAUUUGAAUUUUCCAGGGCUGCCAUUGCUCAGGGACCAGUGGGCAUUGGUCAGUUGAUGGUCAGCAGCUGCAUCAUGCAAAUUUUCUUUUCAUCCUUUUUUAAAGAACUUGUUCAACUGUCUUUCACUCAAAAAGCUUCUAACUUUUGCCCUUUCAAUUUUCUUCCUCUUUCCCACUGCAGACUGAGUGAGUGAGCAGCUGUGUGGUGCUUAAAUGCCUGCCAAGGUUGAACCACCCAAUGGGCUUUGAUGGGACAAUGUUUAGAUAAACUGAGCGCUGACAAGAGGACCCAGAGAGGGGUUUGGCUCUCCUUCAUGGGGAUCUCCAGAAGCCCUUGGGGCUUCUGUGGGGCUGGGCACCCUUUUCUGGGUGUCUCUGCUGGGGUAGUGAUGGGCCAGAGGUACCCGGAGGCUUCUCUAGCACCGUGAUUCUGAUUCUGUGAUUCUGUGAACUAGCUCCACAGGUCCUGGCUGAUCUCUUUAGUCCGGAAAGGGAAGAAGUGGGUGUUUCUCUUAAGUCAUAUUUGUAUUGCAUUGACAUUUCCCCACCUGGUGACACUGCUUUUCUAUGUAAAAGUUGAUAGCUCCACUGUGCAUCAUACUGGAGGAACACUGUCAAUAUGAGACCAGCGCAGUUGGACCAGCUAUUUGCAAUAGGAAGGGCAAAAAACAAAGCCUAACCCCAGUCAAGUGUGGAGCCAAAGGACAUCAUGGCUACCAAAAAGCCAAGCAAAUCUGAGAGACCAGUCCAGCAUCAAAUCACAAGGCAGAGGCAGAGAUGAGUACACUUAUGUCAUGAGUUCUCCACAGCCUGAAGCAGUCCAUUCCUCUGUCUGCUUGUCCUUUGUGUCUGAUCCUUGCUCACAGCUGUUAAUCAGGUUCCUGCCUCAGUGGUUUCUCUUGGAGAAAAGCCAAUACAUAGCAAGGUGUUACCAGCCAACUUACAACAAGCCUUGCUUAACACUGUGCCCAAAUUUCAACAUGUUCUGGUGCAGGAGCUGGACCCCAUGGCUCCAUCUCUUGAGCUAAAAUUGCUUCUUGAUGGGCUUGCUUGCAAUCAGCAGACUCUUAAUUUUCAAUGCCAACUAUUUCUAAGGUAACGAGUACAUUUGUAGGCCAGUGGAUUGACUAUAAGGGACAUCCUUUUAUUGUUGUAUUUCAGGUGACACCGCAUUUUAUCUUCUGGUGGACCCAGGAGGUUCAUUUAAACUAGCUCCCACUUUCUGCGUGUGAAAUGAAGAUUACUAUCUUAGUUCUUAUUUUCCCACCUCACAGGAGCAUGGUGAGGUUUAAUUAGUUGACAUCGCAAUUGCCAUGUCCAGCAUCAUACAUGACAUUGCUCUGCAAAACUCACUGAGAAUCUCAUGUAGAAUUACCAGUGUGGGGGAAAAAAAAACAAUUGUUGGGGCUUUCUCCUGAGUGAGGGAAUGGGGGAAAAAAACAUUUGCACAGCUUUGGUGUUUUGCUGCCUCACAGUCCCCAAAAAUACCACAUUUAAUUUGGGAGCCCUUAGGACACAGUGGCUGAAAGCAUCAUGAAGAGAAGGGCUCCAAGGGAAACACGUUGAUGAAUCCCAUAGGGCUAGAACAAACCUUUAGAGUUAGUGAUGUCCCACUCAGCUCUUAGUGAAGUCAGCAGUCCCCACUGACUUGGGGUGUCAUUGGGUGGGGAUGGACCCAGCCAAAGUAGGAUAGUUUUUUGCCAUUUGUAUCUUAACCUGCAGCAAGGGCGGGUCAAAGCCCUGGCUUUGAAGCAGGGAUAUGUUGUGUGUUUCAAAGCCUAUGACUGUUCUGAAAACUGAGGGGUUUUUUUUUUUUCAGUUUGUAGAAGGAAGGACAAGAGUGAUCUGUGGCAAACUGUACAGUACAUGUCUUCUUGUGGUGUCGCUGUUGGAAUGGUUAUGAAGUUUUCAAAUCACUGUGGACAGCUAAUCACUUAAGUUAAUUAAUUUAUUCUUUACGGUUUGUUGUCGGUUUUUUUUGUUUUGUUUUGUUUUUUAUGUAAUUGGAAACAAUUAUUUAUCCUGUAAAUCGGUCUUGAGUGAAACCUAGAUAAUUCCUUUUUUUGCUGUUAAUAAACAUGGUACAUGACUGAUGUGAAAGUGAUCUCGUUUUUAAGUACUGUAUACGCAGGGGAAAAGCAACAAGAAAAUAAAAGAAUGAUAACAAAA